GAUAAAUUUCAAGAGACAGUUUCAGGACGAGAUGUGAUCAAGCGACACGUGCCUGAAAAAAAAACUGGCCGGUAAUGCGCAGUAGAUUGGUGUACUGAUGUAGGCCUAUCAUUUCUCGGAAACAUUUACUAUGUGAAGUAAUUUUCCGUGACGAAGUAGAAAGUGCAUUUGACUUUGUUUUUCUCUUUGAAGUAUCUCUAGAAAUAUAAGACAUUGGUAACGGUUACUUGGCUGGUGCAGCUUAAAUCAUGCGGCGGUCAGAAUGCGUUACAAGCCAGAGAAAUAAGAAAUCGAGUCUUUGUAAAUAAGAAUCUGUGACUGUUGAGGAUCAUUAGUUACGACUUUAACUCGAAUUAAUUUAGUGUAUUUUAAACCUUUAAAUGUGCAGUAGCUAUAUAUAUGGAAGUAGCGAAAUACGUGUAAUAGGCUUGGAAGAGAUAGCUGUCAUGGAGACGCUUUUGUAUUAACUUAUCGCUGUUAUCGCUAACAAUGAUUCAUGUGAACAAAGGGACAAGCGAUGAAACGCGUCAUCACUUUAUAUUAAUCAAAGUACGAGUACACAGUACUUCCUCUUCCUACAGUCGAUGGUGUCAAAUCAGAAUGCAAUUGCUGUCAUGAACGGCUCUUGUCAUUCACUUUAACUCAAUUACCCCUUUACAUUCGAGGAAUCAUCGCAAUGCGCCAGCCGCGGGCAUCAUCAGCCUUCGCCACCAUAUGUCGUCCCUCGUCGGACUCUCCAUAAGCGAAACGUGACGGAGGGUCCGACAUGAAGUCCCUGUGCCAUGCUGACGCUUGGAAGACCGGACUUCUGCUCCUGCUGGUGUCCCAAGGCGCCUCGCAGGACUCACGACGACCUGCCUCAGUCCAGCGAAAUGACUUCGACCGGAGAGUGUGUGACUCGCCUUCCCCAACCUCUGCAGAGCCAGUCCAGGACGACCUAUCGUGCGUGUCGCUGAGCCUUCUCAAGCUGAAAUGUCUGUGGCAGACCGCGAACCAAACGGACGCCAAGAUGUACCUAUACGUCAACACUUUCACGGGGAAUCCUGAUCAGCCGUGCACAUGCGGGGAAGACUGGUGUGGUUCCUGCCCUGGGCUUUGCUGCUUGUGGAAAGUAUCCCCUUACGACCCAACUUCUCCUGCGAUCAUGAUAAAAACUGCAACGGCCACGCAAGUCUGCAACGUAACGUUCAACCAUUCAUUGAUCGUUCGACCCGACCCGGCUGUCGAUGUUAAAGUCAGCCAGACUGGGUCGUACCGCGAGCUCGAAUUAAGCUGGGAAACGCCUCUAUACCUUUCGGAUUUCGAGCCUGGGCUUUUCUACACCGUGGGCUACAGGCCUAAGGAUGUCAGCGCUUAUGGACUUCUCGACUGGCAGAACGAAACAGGAUCUUAUCACGGCAGCAGCACAACAGUGAGGCUAACGUCGUUACACGGCUGGGUGGAGUACGAGGUGCGCGUGAGACUCCGCUCGGGGGCACGACCGCCGCCCUCGCCCGACAAUGGCACCGACGGAUGGUGGUCGUCCGAGGCCUCUGGCAGCGCCUCCACGACGCAGGGAGCACCCGAGGUUGCCCCAGCCGUGGGCGUGGGGACCUUCGAGGUUGAGAGCGAUGCCGACUCCGGGCGGCGGGCGGUCGCGCUGCAGUGGCGCCCCGUGCCCCCGCUGCUGCACAAUGGACCCGGCCUGGAGUACCGCGUCCUGGUCAGGGACCAAACGAACAACACAGUUAGAACUCUCACAGAAAUUGGAUCAUCUGUUAGAAUCGACAACCUCAACAAAAAUACGAGUUACAGAAUGGAAAUCACCGCCGCGAACCGCGCCGGCGUCGGCCACACGACGGUAGCAGUGCGCAUUCCCGCCGCCCCGCCUCCCGCCCCGCUCCUGCCGGCAGUCGUCUACCACGCAGGGACUCGCCUCUACGAACUCAGGUGGCCGGCAAAAGAGCACCUCACCUACACGGCCUACGUCUGCACCGACGGCCUGCCUUCCAGCGCGCCGUGCAAGAACAAUUUGUACUGGAAGAACUUGGGCUCGGCAUCAGCGGCGAACCUCACUUUGGAGGAACUGAACGUGACUGACUUCCGUGACUCCUGACGAGGUUCGCUUCGCGCUGUCAGCAGAGACCUUCGCCGAGGACUCCAGCGGCAUGGCCUGGGACAGCUGCGUUCACCCCCAGCAGUAUAACACGCAGCAUUCUGCGCCCGAAAUCGUCCCAGGCUACGACAGCACGACGAACAGCGUGAGUCUGCGCUGGAGUGCGAACUGCGCUGCUCGAGGGGGGGUGAUCGAGGAGGUGCAGGCGAUCUGGUGCGAAGGCCAGCAGUAGCUGCGAUGACGCAGGUAACG